CAACACUACCACCAUGGCAUCAGAGGAGAGCAUAAACACAACUGCCAGCACCACCACCCCUGCUCCCGUCACUGAAAGCAGCCCAUUCUUGACUGCAGACGAUACCAAUGAUAGAGCAGUUCAUCUUAUUUUAGAUACUUCACCAUUUCUGCGUGGGGGUGCCUCGAAGCUGAGAGCUUUGGCUGACAAGUUCUACACUAUUCCUGAAGUCCUUAACGAAAUCAGGGAUAGACAAGCACGAAAUGACUUAGCCAUGCUACCCUUUGAUAUCGAAGUCAUCAACCCUUCAGAAGCCUCUGUUCGAGCAGUUGCCGCAUUCUCCAGAAAGACGGGUGAUUAUGCAGUACUGUCAGCAACCGACCUUCGUGUCUUGGCUUUGACCUACCAACUGGAAGUCGAAAACUGUGGCAUGAAACGUAUCCGCACAGAGCCUCAUCGAGCAAAUGUCCAAGCUGGAUCUAAGAAACCUGUUCUACCUAAACGUACAAAACAUUCUGCUAAAGAAGUCACCGGAGAGUUUGAGGAUGGGACUCAGGAAUUGAGCGAGACUCAGCAACAAGAGCAACAGCAGGAUGAGCCAAAUGCGGAUCAGCAAGGAAAUACAGUCUUAGAGGAACAAUCAGAGGAAUCAGAAGACGAUGGUGAAGAUGAUGGUCAAAAUGAAGGCGAUCAAGUACAGAAACAGGAGGUACAGGAUAUCACAAGUAAAUUUGAAACCAUGACCACAACAGAGCCUGCAACAACUAGUGAUGCAGUAGAAGCUGAAUCAUCUAAUAAUGCAACUGAGAAAACGAAAGAAACGACCAAGGAUGAAACCGAGAAUGCUCAAGUAAAUGGAGAUGAAGAAGGAGGCAAUAACGAUGAUGAUGAUGAUGAUGGCGAGUGGAUUACACCGGACAAUGUCAAGAAAUUCAAACGCCAUGGUACAUUAAAGCCCAAAAAAAAGGCUCGCAAGCCGAUGUUGAUGCAGGUAGCUUGUGUAACAGGUGAUUAUGCCAUGCAGAACGUACUUCUCCAAAUGGGACUCAACUUGUUAUCUAUUGAUGGUCUCCGCAUCAGCAAAAUCAAGAACUGGGUUCUCCGCUGCCAUGCCUGUACAAAGGUAACAUCCGACAUGGAUAAAAAGUUCUGUCCCAGUUGUGGAAAUGCAACCUUGAUGCGCACAUCGACCAGCACAGAUCAAAACGGCAAUGUCAAGUAUUAUCUAAAGAAGAAUAUGGUCUAUAAUCUGCGCGGCACAAAAUACUCGAUCCCCACACCCAAGGGAGGUCGAAAGAACAAUGAUUUGAUCUUGAAAGAGGACCAACGUGAAUAUGAACUCUCAUUGAAGUUUCAGAAACGACAAAAGAACAUCGAUGCAUUCGAUCCAGAUUAUGUGCCACGUCUUUUGGAAGGGCAAAUCGAUGUUCGGAAUCCCUUUGGUGCGCCUAUCAUUGGUUAUGGCAAGCGUAAUCCAAAUGCUGUAAGGAAGAAUGGAACUCUGAGACGGAGAAGAUAGAUAGAGAAGAUAGAGAAGAAAAGGUCAUAAAAAUAG